GUCGGAGGAGGCCCGGCAGGAGCCGAGACCAGGUUCCGGUGACCGGGGCUGGAGCCGGGGUGAUCUUUUGGGGUGUGUCUCUCCCGCUUGUGAUGAAAGUGCAGGGAAAACACCUUUUGUGAUGCGCUCUGGCAUGGACGCGUUUAAGGCUCCGCGUUUAAGGCUCCGUCUUAGAAAAGUUGAGGGGAGGUGGGUGGUUGCAGCUCCUAAUGGGCAGCGAGGGCUGCACAGACAUAGAAGAGGGUCCUGGGCACCUGAACCUGGUGCCCGGCCUCGAGCCAGGAUUGGGGGCAGGUCGGCUGUACUUCUGAGGAGUCCUGAGGCUGUAGCUGGCGGGGUGAUCCCUCAGAGGACUGGGCCCUCUGGAUCCUGAGCGUGAGAGCAUGAUGUUUCAAGACGUGGCCGUGUACUUCUCCCGGGAGGAGUGGGGCCUCCUGGAUCAGUCCGAGAGACACCUGUACCUCGAUGUGAUGCUGGACAACUUUGAACUCGUGUCUUCACUGGGUUGCUGCUGUGGAGCAGAGGCUGUGGAGACUCCCUUUGAGCAGAGUGUGUCUGUAGGCGAGUCCCAGCCCAGCGCUCCCAAGGCAGCUCUGUCUCAGAAGACCCACCCCUGUGAGCUGUGCGCUCCGGUCUUGAGAGACAUUUUCCUCGUGACUGAGCCCCUGGGAACACAGCACGGGCGGCUCCUGUUGAGGUGUGGGGCGUGUGCCAAGCAGUUUUCUUUCGGCGUGAACGUGAAUCAUGACCAGGAGCAGCACAAGGAGGAGAAAGCCCGCAGGAGCAGCGUGGACUGGUCCUCGUUUGUGAAGAGCUGCAGAUUCCACGUGUCAGAGCACCCCUCUGCCUGUGGGGAGGUUGGGAGAGACGUCCUGGCCGUCGUGGGACGUCUGCAGCCACCGGUCACUCUUCCUGGGGAGGAGCCAGGCACAGCCACCCAGAGUGGCGCAGCGGCACAGAGCAGUAAAAGCCGUCACCCCCGGGGAGCUCGCACCAAAGCCCGCAGCCCCAAGCACACUCUUGUUCAGGCCCAGGGCGUCCACGCAGGAAGACAGAGUUUCGUGUGCAGUGAAUGUGGGAAAACAUUCAGGUACAAAUCCUCCUUUGUCGCGCACCAGAGAGUGCACGCUGGAGGGAGAAUCAGCGUCUUUGGUGAACACAGUGAAUCCUUGAGUCAAAGCCUAGCCCUCAGUCAACAUGUUGGGGCUCAUGCGGGGGAAAGGCAGCCCAAGUGCAGCAAGUGUGGGGGACCCUUGAGCCAGCGGUCUCGACUCUCCUGUCCUCAGCCGUGGCCCGGCGGCCAGAGCAGCUCUGUGUGCGGUGGGUGUGCGGUGCCCUUCACGCACGGCGCAGCGCUCAUCCCACACAGGAGGGCGCGGGCUCGAGACAGGCCUUACAACUGUGACUGCGGGAAGGCCUUCACCUCCAUCUACAGCCUCAGCUGCCACCAGCGCGUGCACACGGGGGAGCGGCCCUACGAGUGCCUCGAGUGCGGGAAGUCCUUUACCUUCAGCUCCAACCUCCGCUACCACCAGAAAGUGCACCGAGGGGAGCGGCCGCACGCGUGCAGGGAGUGCGGGAAGGCUUUCAUCACGCGCGCGGCGCUCUGUUACCACCAGCGGCUGCACACGGGGGAGAGGCCGUACGCGUGCGGCGAGUGCGGGAAGUCCUUCAACAAGAGGUCGACGCUCAUCCAGCACCUGAGGGUUCACACGGGAGAGAAGCCGUACGUGUGCAGCGAGUGCGGGAAGUCCUUCACCUCCAGCUCCAGCCUGCGCUACCACCAGCGCGCGCACACGGGGGAGAGGCCGUACGCGUGCACCGCGUGCGGGAAGGCCUUCACCUCCAGCUCCGGCCUCCGCUACCACUACCGGGCUCACACGGGGGAGCGGCCCUACGAGUGCAGCGAGUGCGGGAAGUCUUUCUCCUCCAAUUCCAGCCUCCGUCUGCAUCGGAGAGUUCACAAGGGGGAGCGGCCCUACGAGUGCAGCGAGUGCGGGAAGGCCUUCACCUCUAACUUCCAGCUCCUGGGGCACCGGCGCGCGCACACGGGGGAGAGGCCGUACGCGUGCACGGCGUGCGGGAAGGCCUUCACCUCCAGCUCCGGCCUCCGCUACCACUACGGCGCGCACACGGGGGAGCGGCCUUGCGAGUGCAGCGAGUGCGGGAAGUCUUUCUCCUCCCGCUCCAACCUCAGUGUCCACCGGAGAGUUCACCGCGGACACAGGCCGCACGAGGGCCGGGAGUGCGGGCAGUCUUUCACCUCUUGCUCCCACCUUCUCGGUCACCAGCGAGUUCACACAGGGGCGCGGCCUUACGCAUGUAGUGAGUGUGGGAAGUCUUUUACCUCGAGCUCCUCUCUGCGCUGUCACCAGAGGGUUCACUCAGGAGAAAGGCCUUACACGUGCACGGAGUGUGGGAAAUCUUUUCCCUCCCGCUCACAGCUCCUUGGCCAUCACAGGGCGCACACAGGAGAGAGGCCUUGUGUGCGGUGAGUGUGGGAAGACUUUUCUCACUCGCUCCAAACUCUGUUGCCAUCAGAGGGCCCCCGCCAGAGAAAGGCUGUAAGAGCGCUGUGCUUUGCGGAAGCUUUAGGGCAACAUCUGCGAUCACCCUCACAGUUCAGCCUGGAGAAGAGGUUUAGGUUUUAGCAAAUGUGCAGUUUCCUGUUGGAGCAUAACGUGGCAGUGAAGAAAACGUGGAGAUCCACCCGUCUGAAUCGAGCCUCACGCAUCUGAGCGAUCACUGAGGUGUUUCCCCGCGAGUUUCAGUUACUUGGGAGGCUCGUGAGGUUGUGUUGCAUUUUCUCGCCUGCCCGGGGCCCUUGUUAGGUUUCCGUCGAUGCGGCUUCCGGUGUCGAGGUCGUUCCCCUCUGCCGCCUGACAGGCCUCUCCGUGUGAACCAGUCACACACACACGCACAACCCCCUCGUUCUCAGGGAAGCCGACUGUUCUUUUUGUGUGAGAGUAAGUUAGUCACCCGCCCCCUCAGCAGGUCUGCUUUCCCUCAGCUUCCUUGGACUUGAACCUGAAUUGGCGUGACCCCCAAGCCAUGUCUUGCGAGUUUGGUCAGCAGGUUUGCCACAAGGCCUGCGGGUUUCAGAUUUGUGUUGAUUUCUCGUGCUCCGUGUGACGCAUCUGUCCGGCUUCCACAUUGCCGAUGGCCGCCUGCUGCCGUGAUGGGACCAGGAUGGAGGUCUUCACUCUCUCCUGGUGUGAGGGGAGAACAGCCUGCUGUGUUUCUCAACCGCUCUCUGAGCCUGAGAGCAGACGGCAGGGUGGCGGAAAGGAACCAGCUGGUUUUCAGCAAAUUGCAUCACUGCCCACACGGCCCCCUCGGAGAGACAGCGGGGCAGUGAAGCCUGGACAUCGUGUGCUUUGUGAGUCGCAGGCGUGACCCCUGGAGCGGGCAGAUGUCAGAACCUCAGGUGCCACCGAGGGCAGCGUCGCUUUCUCCCGUGUUGAGGUGACAGCGCCUCGCACUCCCUCCCGGCUCUGUAUUGGGGGUGUCGCCGCUGGGUGUGGAAAGAGCCACGUGGCCUCAUGUCCCGGGCUUACUGGCGUGGGGUCAGUGGUGGACGACCAUCGGGUCCAGGGCGCCAGCUGGUACAGGAAGGAGCCUGGCGGGGAGGGGAGGAGGCUGCAGCCAGCUGGGCGGGAUGUGCUGCGCGGACAGGUGUGCCCAGAGGUGGCCCUGAUGGGGCUGCAGGCCUGCCUGGGUACGGGUCUUGGUACCUCCAGGCAACUUUAUCUCGUGUAGCUGUAGUCGCUGGCAGAGAAAGGACUGCACGUUUGUGGGAAUUCCUGGAGCCUCCCGCAGUGCCUUGGUGGCCAUCACUGGGCAGGCAGGAAGGGGCCACUCACACAGUGGGGGGUGUGAUCUCAUGGCCUGACAGCGUGCCCCGUGGCCUGGAAAUGCCCCUGGUGCCUGUGUUGCUGCCACUGAGGGAAGGCCGGCCCCAGAGGGCCCGCGGGAGGUGGGUGUAGCUCCAGUGCGCUGGUGCCCAAGGCGCUUUCCCAAACCUGGGGCGCUCGGAUUUGUUUUAUUAUCACGAGUCAGUUUUUGAAGGUUUAUUAGGGCAUAAUUUACAUGCACUAGACUCUGCAUGUCUGAACUCUCUAACUGGAUGAGUUUUGAGAUCAUCAGGGUCCUGACCGUGACGUGUCUGCCCCGGGCAUGGCCGGCCUCUCUCCCUGCUCUUUCCACCUCUCCACAUGCUGUUGGCUUUCCUUCUCUCGAGUAAGAUGCCGUUGCUCUUGAGUUUGUGUUGUCGAAAUUGUAAACCUAUUUUUGUAAUCCUUUAUCACAAUUACUUAGAAUUUAUCAGUGAUGGUGUAUGACUUUAUUGGCUGAGGAAUUUUCCUUGUGUGUAACACUUAUUUUCUGUUCAUGGGCAUUUAGAGUAUUUCUGGAUUUUCACUACUGAAAAUAAAGGCGUAGCCAACCUUUGUGCCUGUUUGCUUGGACACACGCUUACCUUUUCCUGGAGUCCGCAUCGCGGGGCAGGUGAAACGUACUCUUGAAGCGAACAGAACAAACCGUGGUCUGAAAUGAUUGCACCUUUUUGCAUCUUACCCGGGUGUGAGUUCCUUUUCUGUGGCUUUCUACCAACACUUGGUAGCUUCAUUUGUCAUUUUCUUUUCUUUUUUUUUAAGAUUUAUUUUUAUUUAUUUAUACAAGCACUGGGUACAGUCAGAAGCGCGGGAGGGUGAGAGGAUUCACCAGAGCCAGAGCGGGGAACAGAACAGGCAGACUGACGAAAUACACUGCUGAGGGGAGCAGCGGGCGGCAGGAGAGGUCUGCGCGCCAAGUCAUUUUAUUUUCUUAAGGAUUUGUGAUUUUGAGCAUUUUUCAUGCCUUUGUCACCUUCAUGUCUGUCUUACGGUUUCUGUAUUUGUCAUUUGCACAUUUGGUCCAUUUGAAGGCCUUUUCCCUCGUAGACAGAUUGGAACCUGGGGACAGUGGCAUGCUGGGACUGUACUCGUCAAGGGAGCGAUGCUUUGCAGUGGGAAUACUUGUGUUUAAGAACGAGAAUGAUAUUCACUUGCUUUCUAGCCUUUUGCGUCAGCCGUGAUGUGCAGGUCCCUCGCUACGUUGCCUCCUCUGUCCUCAGCCAGGCAUCGGGUCACGUGCAGUAUGCCACGUUUCCAUCAGUGUUGGCCAGGUGUGCAAGGUGCUCCACACACCCCUUUCGCUGCUGAUACCCUGAUGGUAGUGCCCUGUGUUUGAUGCUGUUUAUCAUGGCUCCUGUGCGUGCACCCUUCCCCGUGUGCUCAGCUCAUCUUCACGGUGUGUUGUGUGUCAUGGCCCCUAAAUGUGCCAGGUCCUUGUUAAGCUAUUGACCUGGAGGCCGCUAUGAAAGUGUUGAAAGACUGCAUGGGGAGGUUAGUGACAGCUGCCACCUGGCAGUCAGCACGUCUCUCCUCCACAGCUCUGUCUUGAGGAGCAAGAACAGGGAACAGAAACUGCUCAAAGUUCUGCCUCCUUGAAAGCACUGAGAUGUAACAAUUUGCGAAGGGCCUGUGUCAGGUAUGUAGAAACUCGCAGUGAGCCGGCCUCAGGGUGACAUGGAAGCUCUUGACCAAUACAGAAAGUUUGUUGUGUUGAAAGAAGAGGCUUUUCCUGACACAGGUUGGAUGCGCUGCUAGAUCUGGUUUAGACGAUCACAGCGUGGAAGUGAGCAGUGGCUCAGCCGGCGCAGGCGUGAGGGCAGCUGGAAGUGUUUGGAAGCUCUGGGUAAGCCCUUCCUCUUCUGUGAACACACAGCCCUGGACACUAGGGCCACACAGGUGGCCCCCCCAGCUCCGCUCGUAUCCCAGGUGUGUAGUGGUGCUUGGUACCCUCUAGGUGUAUAUAAAUACACGCUGAGAAAAUCGCCUAAUAACCACUCCGCAUCCCCAUCACGAAGCAACAAUACAUCUAGCUCUGGUUUGUCGUGUUUGAUGGUGUCCAUGGGGUAACUUCUUU